AUGGCCUGUGAGAGAGCAAAGAGGACUCUUUCUUCCACUGCUAAAACAACCAUCGAGAUUGACUCUCUCUUUGAGGGGAUUGAUUUCUAUUCUGCCCUCAUUCGUCCUAGGUUCGAGGAGCUAAACAUGUAUCUUUUCAGGAAGUGUAUGAAGCCUGUUGAGAAGUGUCUACCUGAUGCUAAGAUGGACAAGAGAACAGUCCAUGAUGUUGUCAUUGUCGGUGGUUCUACACGUAUCCCCAAAGUUCAACAGCUUCUCCACGAUUUUUUCAAUGGUAAAGAGCUUUGCAAGUCCAUUAACCCUGACAAGGCUGUGGUUUAUGGAGCAGCUGUGCAAGGUGCUAUUCUAAGAGGUGAAAGGAAUGAAAAGGUGCAAUACCUUCUUCUUUUGGACGUUACUCCUCUUUCUCUAGGUCUUGAAACCGCUGGUGGAGUCAUGACCACCUUGAUCCAGAGAAACACAACUAUCCCGACCAAGAAGGAACAUCCAGGUGUGUUGAUCCAAGUCUACGAAGGUGAGAGAGCUAGAACCAAAGACAACAACCUCCUCGGAAAGUUUGAGCUCUUUGGCAUCCCUCUUGCUCCACGCGGUGUCCCUAAGAUCACAGUCUGUUUUGACAUUUACGCAAAUGGAAUCCUCAACGUCUCUGCCGAGGACAAGACUACGGGCCAAAAAAACAAGAUCAUGAUCACCAAUGACAAGGGUCGCUUGUCUAAAGACGAGAUAGAGAAGAUGGUGCAAGAGGCUGAGAAGUACAAAUCUGAGGAUGAGGAGCGUAAGAAGAAGAUUGAAGCCAAGAAUGCACUUGAGAACUAUGCUUACAACAUGAGAAACACCAUCCGUGAUGAAAAGAUUGGUGAGAAGCUUCCGGUUGGAGACAAGAAGAAGAUUGAUGAUUCUGUUGAGGAGGCAAUCCAAUGGCUUGAUAGGAACCAAACGGCUGAAGUAGACGAGUUUGAAGACAAAAUGAAAGAGUUGGAAAGUUUAUGCAAUCCGAUCAUAGCUAAGAUGUAUCAAGGAGCCGGUGGUGAAGCAGGUGGGUCUGCUGGAAUGAACGUUGAUGAAGCUCCUCCUUCUGCCGGAGGUGCUGGCCCUAAGAUCGAGGAAGUUGACAAAACUUGUUAUGGAAAGAAUACACAAUGUGUUAUAAUCCUUAUAGUGGAUGGUCCAUAA